AUGAGGAAACAGAAACCAGUGACACCCAAGAGAACAGCUCUGCACGAACUGGGAACACACUGUGCUACACCUGUAGCCCCGCAGGCAGCGCUGCUCCGGACCUGCGGGCACCGUGACAGCCUCAGGACCGGCCGGUGCCGCCAGCGGCCCGAGCAGCCCAGGGCAGUGCCGGGGGGAAGAAAGGAGGCGACAGAAGGAAUAGGAGGGAAGGGAGGGGAGCGGCCGGUCCCGGGCCCCGCGCAGGCCGCAGCUCGUCGGGGCGCGCAGGGACCCCCGAGCAGGCCCAGCCGCGGCCCGGAGGCCGCUCCCGCACCGACACCGACACUCACCCUGGCUGCGCCCGCUCCGCCCCCCGCCGCUCCUUCCGGCACCGGCACCCGCGGAGCACACACUCGGUCGGGCUCGUCUGCGUUCGGAUGGACUCGGCUCUGUCCGGCUGGACGGGCGUGGUCUCUACGGGGUUGGCUUCGACUGGGUUCGGCCGGGCUCGCCCCGGUUCGGUGUGACUCGGCCGUGAUCGGCUGGGUUCGGUACGGUGUGACUCGGCUCCGCCCCUCCGCGUGCCCGCCCAGCCCCGCCCCCGGCCCCGCCCCCCAGCCGCAGCGCCUCUCCCGGAAGUGCCACGUGUCCGCAGUGCGGCUGCGCGCGCCGCCCGGCAGUUCCGGUGGGUCCGUCCCCCCCGCCCGGCCCGGCGCCGCCACACGGGCGGCACCGAGCGCAGCCGGCCGAGCCAUGGCCCAGCCUGCCGGGGCCCCCGCCGGCCAGCAGCCCUACAGCAACGGCCCUGUUCAGAAUCAGCUGAUGCAUUCCCCAGAAGGCCAGGGAUACAGCCCUGCAGUUCCAGGAUCCUACUCCCAUCAGAUGCCAGCAAAGGUUCCUCCACAUCAGUCUUCUGGACAGUACAGCUAUAGUGGCUCUCAGAAUGUUUCUCAAUUAAACAACUUCCAAGGACCUGGCCAGACUCUCAAUAGACCACCAGUGGCAGCUUUCUCUGGGUCACCAGUACAACAGCCAGGUCCUGUUCCACAAGUGCUGCCACCUGCAUUACAGAACUCAGCUGCUGUAUCAUGUGCUGGGAGCUUUCCUCCUGGAGCCAGCCCAGCGGUGCUUUCAAGCUGGCAGUUCAGCCAGAGCCCUGGGAGCCAGCUCCCUGGGGCUCAAACAAGCCAUGUGGCUCCUGUGCCUGGGACAGGAGCUCAGCCUCCAUCAUCAUUGCCAGGGAGCACAAACCCUGCAGGGAGUUAUCAAUAUGCUGCUUCUCCAGGGGCUCCUCCACUGCAGAACAGCUACAUGAAGCCAGGAUCUGCACCUCCACCAGUGACUCAGCCUUUAACUCCCCUCCACCCUCCAAGGCCACCUUUAGGACCUCCACCUGUUGGUGGUCCCCCUAGGCCACCAGCAGCAGUAGCAAGACCACCUGGUGCACAGUCUAUGCUACAAUCUACUGUAAACCAAGAAGGUGAUGCCAGAUCUGCUGCCAGUGAUGGGUCUGUAGUGCAAAACAGCUAUGAUGCAAUUGAAGGUGGUGGCCUCAUGGCAACUCCACACCAUUCUCCUGCAGCCCCAAAUCUGAAGAUGAAUAGAAGUGUUGGGUAUUCUUACCCUGCCUUACCUCCAGGCUACCAACAUGCUUCUCCACCUGGAGCCCCAGGAAUGAAUGCAGCUGCUUUGCAAUAUCCAGAUGGAUCAAAACAUUUCCAGCAGCCUGCCCUGGGCACUAAUCACUUGACUGCAUCAAUGGCUGGCCUGAGUCUACAGCAGGAAGGGUUAAGACCUGUGAAUCUUCUUCAAGAAAGAAAUAUUCUUCCUACCACCCUUUUGAAGGCUCCUGUCCCCAACUUGCAUGAAGACAUCCAGAAGCUCAACUGCAAUCCUGAGUUGUUCCGCUGUACCCUGACUAACAUUCCUCAAACUCAGGCCUUAUUGAAUAAAGCCAAACUUCCUUUGGGGCUCCUGCUUCAUCCUUUCAAAGACUUAUCGCAAUUGCCAGUGGUCACUUCCAGUAUUAUUGUGAGAUGCCGUUCCUGCCGGACGUACAUCAACCCCUUUGUCAGUUUCCUGGACCAGAGGAGGUGGAAAUGCAAUUUGUGCUAUAGAGUCAAUGAUGUUCCUGAAGAAUUCCUGUAUAAUCCUGUCACAAGAGUUUAUGGAGAACCUCAUAAAAGACCCGAAGUCCAGAAUGCUACUAUUGAGUUUAUGGCUCCAUCUGAAUACAUGCUGCGCCCACCCCAGCCCCCCGUGUACCUCUUUGUGUUUGAUGUGUCCCACAAUGCAGUCGAGACAGGAUACUUGAACACAGUCUGCCAGACCCUCUUAGACAAUCUGGACUCGCUUCCUGGGAACACUAGAACAAAAAUAGGCUUCAUAACAUUUGACAGCACAAUCCAUUUCUACAGUCUUCAGGAAGGUCUCUCUCAGCCUCAGAUGCUUAUAGUUUCAGAUAUUGAAGAUGUAUUUAUACCAAUGCCAGAAAACUUAUUAGUAAAUUUGAAUGAAAAUAAAGAGCUAAUUCAAGAUCUGCUGAAGACAUUGCCACAGAUGUUUACCAAGUCCCUGGAAACUCAGAGUGCUCUGGGACCUGCAUUACAGGCUGCCUUUAAGCUGAUGUCCCCCACUGGAGGUAGAAUCACUGUCUUCCAGACACAGCUCCCAUCUCUGGGAAUGGGAGCACUGAAGUCACGAGAGGAGCCAAACCAAAGAGCAACAGCAAAGGAUAUACAUCUGACACCAUCGACUGAUUUCUACAAGAAGUUGGCCUUGGACUGCUCAGGACAACAGGUUGCAGUGGAUUUAUUUCUUCUUAGUGGGCAAUAUUCUGACUUGGCUUCUCUAGGUUGUAUAUCAAGGUAUUCUGCAGGUAGUGUCUACUACUACCAAUCUUACCAUCAUAAACACAACCCUGUCCAGGUGGAGAAAUUGCAAAAGGAACUGAAGCGAUAUUUAACUAGGAAAAUUGGCUUUGAGGCUGUCAUGAGGAUAAGAUGCACCAAAGGUCUUUCCAUUCAUACUUUCCACGGGAACUUCUUUGUACGAUCUACAGACUUGUUGUCAUUGCCCAACGUAAACCCAGAUGCAGGAUACGCUGUGCAGAUGUCAGUGGAAGAGAGUCUUACUGAUAUGCAAGUGGUUUCUUUUCAGUCAGCUCUCCUGUACACCUCCAGCAAAGGUGAAAGGCGAAUUCGUGUGCACACGAUGUGCUUACCUGUUGUCACAACCCUGAGUGAAGUGUACCUGGGGGCAGAUGUGCAGGCCAUCACAGGGCUCUUAGCCAAUAUGGCUGUGGACCGCUCCGUCUCCGCCACACUGAGCGACGCGCGCGAUGCCCUGGUCAAUGCCGUGAUCGAUUCCUUGGCCGCUUAUCGCUCCUCCGUGCUGAGCAUCCAGCAGCCCGGCCUCACUGCUCCCUUCUCCCUGCGCCUCUUCCCUCUGUACAUACUGGCACUCUUGAAACAGAAAGCAUUUCAAACUGGGACAAACACACGUUUGGAUGAGCGCAUCUUUACCAUGUGUCAGGUGAAGAACCAGCCCCUUGUUUACCUCAUGCUCAUGACACAUCCCAGUCUGUACAGAGUCGAUACUCUCACAGAUGAGGGAGCUCUUAACAUAAAUGACAGAACUAUACCUCAGCCACCCCUUCUCCAGCUGUCAGUGGAGAAGUUGAGUAGGGAUGGUGCUUAUCUUAUGGAUGCUGGCUCUGUGAUGUUUAUGUGGAUUGGGAAGAACUGUGGGCAGGGUUUUAUCAGCCAAGUCCUUGGAGUUCCGAAUUAUGGCUCAAUACCACAGAAUAUGACACAUCUCCCAGAACUUGAAACAGCAGAAUCCAUCAGAACACGAACUUUCAUUUCUUGGCUGAGAGAACAGAGACCUUUCUUUCCUAUACUAUAUAUAAUAAAGGAUGAGAGUCCAUUGAAAUCAAGUUUUCUGCAAAAUAUGAUUGAAGACAGAACAGAAUCAGCCUUAUCAUACUAUGAAUUCCUCCUUCAUAUACAGCAGCAAGUGAAUAAAUGAAACACUAGCCUUUGGCUUACUUCUUUAAGGAAAGAUUUUGCAGUAAAGAAUGAUUGUGCUUGUAAUAUCUUCAUUAAAUCUGUGGCCUGAGGCAGUUGAUGAGAAGUUCUCACUGUGAUUUCAACGAACUAAAGCAAAUAAAGGACCACAUCUGAGAAUCAAAUGUGCAACUACAUAAUAUUGUACCUUAAAAAAAAAUCAAACUGUUGGAACUGGUUGAGCACCUUUAAUUUGCUGCAAAUCGUGUUUUUACUGUAAGUAGUUGCAGCAUGAAGUACAUUUACAAAGGCAAUACUGAAAAGGUGAAAUACAUUUUGUAAAAUAAAGAGUUCUUUGUUGUUCAAAAUGUAUAUUUCUGUAACUUUUUUUGUUUGUUUUGUUUUUGUUUUUCUUCUUUUUUUUUGUUGCUGCUAGAUAUAAAACCUCACAAUACUGAUCAUGAUUUGCAGGGAAAUUCUUUCUAAGUGCAUCCAGUGAUUACAGACAGAGCAUCUCAAUGUUCAACUUAAUGCUUAAAGUAGCAGUGAAAGAAGUGUUCAUUGUGAAAUGAACAAAUGCUUGUGAUGUGUAGAAUCCAGUGCUUGGAUUGGAUUAUGGCUAAUAGGACUAAAGGUAAGCUUAACCUGGAUAAGGUGGCUGAAUUUGUUGAAGCUUUUAAUAAGUCAGUAUUCUAAUUUUAAAAACAGUGGGGAAGAGUGGGCCCUACGUGAGACAGAUUUUAAAAAGUCAUUGGCUGAGUUGGCAACAAAAGUAGACUUAGGUAGAUUGUAAGCUUUGCUUUUCUUCAGUAAAAGGAGUAGUUUUAAUUUCUAUUUAUGAAUGGCGUGGGAGGGGAAGAGCAAGGAAGAUUAUCUCAGAUGUUGUUUGGUUUAUGUUCAGUAGACUUUUGGCUCUUGUUUACUUUAAGUGAAUGUUGGGCCCCUCAGAUCUGGUGUGUUUCUGAAGCAAGUUUGUUGGCAGCACUUCAGACCAAAUGUUGGUCUGCAAUGCUGAAUAUUCUGACAUUAAAAUUGGAAAUUAUUUUUCCAAAACCAAAAUUAUUAUAUUGAAUUUGAAGAUUUGUAUAUGGUUGCAGACAUGCCUGAAGUUUUCCAAAAUACGGUUUUUUGCUGCAGCUGUGUAAUGAGCCCAGAUCCAAGGCCAGUGUGCUCCAAACAAAAGCUUUAAAUAUACUCUGAGAUCCUGCCAGAGCUACAGAUCGAAACUGACACCGGACUUGAAGUAAAAACUUAUAUACAAAAAAUAUCUCAAUAAUUUUAUAGAGGUGUAUUAAUAAUUCUUCUGUUUUCAACAUUAAGCUAUUGAUAGCUACCAAUGUAAAAUUAUUUAAGUUACUGUAUUUCAAUGCCCAUGGAAGUGCUGCA